AUGUCGUCUCCAGAGCUCAGUCCAUCCGCAAUCCAGUUCAUAGCAGAUCUCCCCAAGAUCGAACUCCACAUUCACAUCGAGGGCACCCUCUCGCCUUCUCUCCGAUGGCGUCUCGCCCACAAAAACUCCAUCUCCCUUCCAUACGCGACAUACGAUGCUCUCCUCGGCUCAUACACGACGAUGUACAACCAUCGCAAAGAGGUCCACGGCGACAACGGCCUCCCAACGUUCCUCGAGGCGUAUUAUGGCGGCAUGGAGGUAUUGCGAACAGAGGACGACUUCUAUGACCUCGCGAUGGAGUACUUCGCGAAAGCGAAGGAAAUGAACGUUCGGUACACGGACCCGUUCUUCGAUCCACAGGCGCACACGAGGAGGGGUGUGGACUUGGGGAUGGUCAUGCGAGGGUUGCAGAGGGCGAAAGCAGAUGCGAGGGUGAAAUAUGACAUCGAAGUAGACUGGACGAUGUGUUUCCUGCGAGAUAUGUCGCCGGAGUCUGCGAUGGAGACGUACGAUGCCGUGAUUUCUGGAGGGUUCGGAGACAUAUUCCAUGCGGUCGGACUGGACAGCAACGAGUACGAGCGGCCGCCGAGUCUCUUCACGAGGGUGUUCGACAAGGCGAGGAAGGCUGGCUAUAAAAUCACGGCGCAUUGUGAUGUGGGGCAGAAAGAUACGCACGAGCAUAUACUCGAGGUCAUUUCGACGUGUGUCGGGGGUACCGAGGGCGCCGACCGGAUCGACCAUGGGCUGAAUGCGGUUGAGAGGCCUGAGUUGAUGAAGGCUAUCAAAGAGCGGGGACUGGGACUCACAUUAUGCCCACAUGCAUAUCACAGGCGCAAUUCGACGGAAUACGUUUUCGGGAGCAUCAAGAGGUUGUGGGAAGAGGGUAUAUUGAUCGCGAUCGCGAGUGAUGACCCUACGUACAUGCAUCAGCGGUGGGUGCAGGAGAAUUUGGAGUUGGUGAUGCUCCAUUGCGGGUUCACUGAGAAGGAGAUGGUGAAGUUGCAGAGAAACGCAGUAGCAAUUUGUUGGGCGAGAGACGGGUUGAAAAAUAGGAUUAUGGCGGAAUUAGAUGUUGUGGACCAAAGAUAUGUGUAG